AUGUGUCGGGUGGCACAAAUUCCAUCGGUUUUGUCGAACCCCACACCCGAACACUACCGACAGCAAUUGACGUCAAGGGCCGAUCAUUCAGGCCGCCUAAUCUGGCAACCGGAUAAUUGCAUAGAUGAUACAGAGCUGGCUAAAUACUUAGAAGCGGCUCUCCCAACACUCAGAGUGGGCCGUACUGGAUUUAAUCUUCCCACACCACGAGAUCUCCAGAUCACUACAAUACUAGCCACCCUCACGCUUAAUGGGUGUGAUGUAGAUAAGGCAAAAGAGGAAUUACAAAAGAACGCCCCAAGGACCCUUGCGUGGUCGAACUCCGAUAUAGUCAAUUUUGAGAUCGAACUCGUACAACACGGGAAGGAUUUCGAGCGAUUUAAGAUUGCGGGUAGAAGCUAUAACGAGAUUAUCAACUUCUACUUCCAGUGGAUGCGAUCGCCGAGAUGUCGAUCAUUUGUAAAUACCUUCAUGGAUGUGUGGUACAGGUCGAAUUGCGGUCCCAUCCACGACUGCAACGAAGUGAUAAUUAAUUGGAAGAGACAAAUAGGUCUAUUCCGUGUAGCGGCAGUCUUGGACAGGCGGAAGCGUGGAACUCGCUGGGAAUAUAAGGUUCGAUGGGAAGACACCGACGUGGAAACGUGGGAAGACAAGGACAGCAAAGGGCUCAGAACUAGUGAGGCUUUCAGCAAGUAUAAGAGGUCUUUGAAAGAGUGA